AUGGAACUGCUGCAGUACCUGCAGACGACGGAAGACGGAGCGCGGGAGCGGACGCCACUCGCCAUGUGCAGCCUCUUUGCCUUGAGCAUGGGCUUCACCUUUGCCGGCGACUUCCGAAGAGGCAGGGAGUACUUGAACAAACUGAGGCUGCAGGUGAGCCAGCUGUUCGACGAGAGCAACUACGACGUUGCAUGUGUCCUCCGCCAUUUGCCGCUCCUCGUGCGGCUGUACGCCGAAACGGAGCAGGGCCGGGAGAACAGCGCGUACUACCUCACCCUGAGCCAGCAGAUCUGCGUAUACAUCGGCGCGGUCAACGACGAGAACCACCUCAUCACGCUCAAGAUGCUGAGUAUCUACGAGCGGUUAGACAUCGACGACAAGAUCGCCGCUGCUUUGAGCCAGCCCAGGUGGAGGAAAAGAUGGGCCAGCGACUACCCGUUCAUCGAGAACUACAAGUACGGAAAGCUAACGGAGAUGGCACGCGACUACCUAUACGAGAUACCCAAGAAUGUCCUCUUGCUGCUCGACCCACCAUUGACCUACGCGUCUCCGAAGCCACUCCACGACGGCAUCAUUGAACAGCUGAGUCGUAUCGAUGAGUGGGAGGCAAGCGUCAGCGACCUUCAGGAAACUGCGACCGAUUUUGUGCAGCUCUUGUUGGAGCUCAUGCGACCAUACCAGGUUGUCUGUUUCAUCGAGCUGUCUUCCAAGACCGUGUACAUGCGCUCGCUGAUCCAGACACUCCUUCACGCCGGCCGCUACGAUCAAAUUCAGGAGCUCACGGAACUGGCCCUGUCGUUGGCCCAGGAGUUUGGGGCGAUCAAUGCCUUCUGUCAGUUCCUACUGGAUUCGCUAUCGGCUCACCAGCACCGACUGCGGGGAGGCGCGCCGCCGUUGUCCCCCAUGAUCUCAUCCAUGCCAUCGCCCUCCGUCACGCUGAUGAUCACCUCGGCGCCGCCAUCACCUCCCUCUGUCACAGUCCCACCGCCGCCACUGCCCUCCUUCCCCUUGUACACAACGCCACACGCCAUGCCCACGCUUCCGCCACUCCUCCUGUCGCCCGGCCUUCACGACCCUUCGUCCUCGUCUUCGUCUUCCUCCUCAUCGUCAUCUAUCUCCUCGACUUCGCCAUUGCCGCAACCGCCACACUACUCGUCUUCCAUGCCUUCGAUGAUAGCUCCCGAACGCCCGGAAGAUCACCACGACGUCGAGAGCCUCCACGCCUACCUCUCCUCCUUCCUCGACCAAAACAUGUAA